ACUCUCUCAGAAACCUCAGAAGUAUCUCAGCAGUCCAUCACAUAGCGCUUCUGGAAGUUUUGAUCCAUUUAUUUGCUAGAUUGCUUCUGAUUCUAAAGAACCACUUUUGUGGCAAUUAUAGGAAUAAGAUGGCUAUAGAGAAUAAGGAAAAAUAAAGGAUGGAUUGCAUUGUCGGAUCAGUAUGAUAUUUAUAUGGUAGCUUGAGAGAAUGUGUUCUGGACUUGAUGGAAAUUCAAAACAAUCUAUUGGAUUGUCUAACUGAACCGUUGCAACUAGGAGCACUAUAAUUUUUAGUGCUUUGGGAGCACUGGAGCAUUUCUUGUUUCUUUAAUAUCUAAACAGCUAGUUUACCGAGUUCAGUCUUACAAAGCCUCUACAGUCUUCAAGUUGAGUUUUACCUUUGCUGUACAUUAAGUUUCCUGAAUUGAAUAUCAUUCUAAUUCCACGGUUAUGGUUUUCAGUGAUAGCCGUAUGCCGAGGACAUGUCCAAUAUCUCCCAUUGGAAGCCCUCUCCUCCUCCCAAGAUCUCCUCAGCAUAUGAAUGGAAAGAUGUCCUCUUCUUCCAUAUCCAGUCCUAGAACUACUUCUGGGUUGUUGACGCCUCUCAGCAACGGUGCCGUCCCCUUUCAUCACCUCCAGCAGUACGCCUUCUAUCAUGAUGGCUUUGGAAGCACGCUGAGUUGGUUUAUCAUCAUAACAGCAGCAAAGAUAAGGGAUCCAAUUGGAAGCGUGUGGAGAAUAAGAUUGUUGGAAGCAAUGGAGGCACACGGUUCUCAUCUGAGGCUGAGGAGGGCAUUCACGUCCUCCUUAUGGAGGGAUAGCUUCCAAUGAUGUGUAUCAGGAUCAGAUUCAGCAGUUCCUAACAGCAAUGAAGUUUCAACACCAUUGGGAAAGAACUGUAUAUUGUUAUAUUCAUCAAUCAUCACAGAGGAAAAUGAAAAAAAAAGGAAAAAAGAAAAGAAAAAAGAGAGUCUUAAAUAGGGAAUUUGGAGUACCCUUUUUUUUUUUGGGCUAUGGCCACUGUACAGAUGCUGGGGAAUUGCAUUUAAGGGUCCAGAUUUCGCACUGCGGGGAUAUUUCUAAGGUGGGCUGGUUGAGGCUGCUGCGUUCGGCCUAGGUUUUAGCUGCUGUUACUGGCUGUUCUUCUACCUAAUAUGUUGUCGUAUGCAACAUCAAUCACAUCUGCAUCAAUUUGAAGAAAAAUCCAAUUACAGUUUCUUUUUCUUCCUCA